GGUGUACAUACAUAUUUGCUAUAUUCGCCAUGGUUUAGUUACUUCGAUCGUCGCGAGAUGACACCGUGCUUCUGUUGUAAACUGCUAGAUGGCACUACAGAGGUUCAAACUAGUUGCUCCCUUCAUUCACCGUGCUGAGUGUCAACUUUUUCUUCGGACAGUGUAUUAUGCGAACAUCACAUAAAAUACUUAAGCCAGACUGAUCAGUGAUGGACUGGAUGGAAGCCUUCGACCUGCUGAUUUUACGUAAGGCCAGGAUUUCCUUGGGUUUUCAGCUAGAUCUUUUGCUAAGAUGUCUGAUGGAGAAUUGAACUUGGAGAGAAUUUUUUUAAAAUACUCAGCAAAACAAUUAGGUGAUACUCUAGAGGCAGUAAGACCACCUAGAAGUUUGAGUUCAAAUAAAGCAUCAGCUGAGCAUAAUGUUCCAAAAGCAAUAUUAUCAACAAAGCUAAGCAGCAAAACCAUUGAAGGAAUGAAGAUGGUGCCACAAAUCCAGUGUCUGACAACACAAGAAGAACAGCUGUUGAAAGAUUGCAUAUUAGGAAAAGCAAAAAUAGGUUUUCAAAUACUUGCAGAUGAACUAAAAGAUGCUGUGCACAAAUUUCUGAUGGAUACAGGAAGGAAAAAUACCUUUACAAAUAACUGGCGAGGACUGAGAAAUAUAUGAAACAACUGCCUAAAAGACAUCCAGCUAUUUCACAUUCUAAUCCAGCAAUCAUAUUGAAAGGGGAAGCUCGUUUGACUGAAGACAUCAUACAAGGCUGGUUUGAUGAACUUGAAAAAUACCUUCAAGAAGAAAAUUGCGAGGAAUACUUCUUGAUGCUGAACAAAUAUUUGAUGCUGACAAGACAGGAGUUGAAAGUUGCCCAAAAACUGGUAGACUCUUAGGCCCAAAAGACUACGAGAAUUUUUUUACUGUUGCUUUUGGCAAAGUGAAAGAAUGCAUCACUGUAUUGGCUAAUUUUUCUGCUAGAGGAAGAAUUGUAAAACCAAUAAUAUACUUAUAUUAAAAACAAAGAUUCCAAGAC